GGCAGAGCGGUUGUCAUGGAGCGGUUGUCUUCCUGGCCCCGCGAGGGCGCUGUCUCGAGCGCGACUCCCUCCGGUCCAGCAGCUCCGUUGCCUACGUCACCACAUUCCACCGAAUGCGAUGGAGCAGCGUGUAAACGCGUCACGGUGGACACCGCCAGAGACCCGUACAAGAUGAGGGACGCGGCUCUCCUGCUCACAUCGUGUGUGGCUCUGUGUCUGCUCCUGAGCGUCGGCCAGGCAGCCAGACAGGGACAGGACAUGAGAUGUGGAGCCUGCAGGGCUCUGGUGGACGAGAUGGAGUGGGCCAUCUCCCAAAUAGAUCCAAAGAAAAUGAUCCAGACCGGAUCCUUCAGGAUCAAUCCGGACGGCAGCCAGUCCAUCCGAGAGGUUCCUCUGGCUCGCUCUGAGGGAAACCUCCUCGAGCUGAUGGAGAGUGUGUGUGAGAGGAUGGAGGACUACGGCGAGCACACAGAUUCUUCCACAAGCAGGAAGUCCUACAUUAGGAUAAAAUCUCGGAGCGGUGAGGCCAUGGACCUCUCAGAAGCCACACUCGAUUCAAGAGUUACAGCCAGUUUAAAAUUUGCAUGUGAAACAAUUGUUGAGCAGAAUGAAGAUGAAAUCAUUGAAUUCUUUGCUCAUGAGACGGAUAAUGUCAAAGACAAACUCUGCAGCAAGAGGACAGACCUCUGUGACCAUGCUCUGAAAAUGCCCCACGACGAACUUUGAUGUCCCCUCGCCCUCACUGCCGUCUCUCCUCAGCUGAACUGGAGACAUUGGGUGCUGUAAUAUUUUCAGUUAUCACCGGCUUAUGCCAUCGUAGUGGUGGAAGAUGUACAAGUUAUGAUGUAAAACAGGAGGAAAUCCACCUGAAAAUAAGUGUUAUUCCUGUGAUCUGUGACAAUUUAAGGACCAGUUUGCCAUUUUCCAUCAUAUCUCUGGACUAUCUUGUCACUUGUUAUUAUAUACCGUAAGUUAUUAUACUAUUCAAUAUUCUGUGCUUCAAAUGAAGGCUCUUGUCUUGCCUUCAGAUGCUCCUCAGCAGGUAAAACUGAAACUGUGAAACUGCAAAAAUGAAGUUACACUCCCCAGUAGAUACAGGAUGUCUUACAGGAUUAACUGCGUAUAUACAGUAAGCAUAUUAAUUUAAGACAAGUACACAGAGAUCAGGUUGGAGUUUGGUCAACUGGUCCUUAAGUCUUCUUUAUUCACAAUGAAUGGACAUCCAUACAGCUGUCUGAAAGUGUCAUUUGAUGCCACAUUAAAUCAAUCCUCAGCUCUAGCUUCAAUAGAGAGUUUUUAAUGCUCAUCAAUAUUUAUUGAACUGUCAGAGAUCACAGGAAUAACUGAUGUUAGGUCAGUAAGUGCUGUUCUUUCUUUGUUAAAUAUUCCUUAAGGUAAAAAAGUUAAAGGCCGCAAUUUAAAGGUCCGUUAAAUUAAGAUACUUUUAGAUUUGAGUGGAAAUAGUUUCACUGAUGUCCAAUUGACAAAAUGUUGCCCAUGUUGUAUCACACCCUUCAAAGAUCGAUGCCCUUUUGGCCACCACCAGGUAUUGUUACUGUUGUUAAGAAAACUGAUCCAAAAGAUUAAAUGUCGCUGCUAAGGUGAGCGGGUUGAUGUUGGUAAAGUCUUCAUGAGCUGAAAUGUUCAAGAAAUCUUUUUCAUUUCAAGUUUAAGCAAAAGUCAAAAAAGAAAAUUAAGGAAGAAUGGGAAUCAUAACUAUUGAUUUGGGCAAAAUUGUGAAUUCAAACUUUAAACCUUUCCGAGGCUUUAAAACACUCCUUCACACACACUUUCUUCUUGUCUGUUAGCAUUGAUACAUUAACUGUUUUAAUCUGCUUUGAUAUCAAAGUCAAUUCAGGUAUUGACUUGUAAAAGGAGUAAAAUCUAUGUUGAUGGUACCUAUAACUUAAUAUCUGAAAAAUAUCUACUUUCCCUCCAUGCUGCCCUUCUGAUCCAGAGCUGAAAAAAAAACUUUUAUACCAAACAAAAACAGUAUAAAAUAGUUUGGACGGUUGUAUCCUGAGGAGCAGGCAGAUUACACAUCCUAUGUCCAUUAAACACAAAAAAACAGCUGCAAUCCCUUUGAAUUAUGAGAUUAAGAGUCGAGAAGAGUUAUUUUUUCUUCUGUCUUGUAAAGCUGAGCUCUGAUGUAACCCCACUAGAGUGUGCUGUCGUCCACAAUCUGAUAGUUGAGUCUAAAUUAAAGAGUCAUACUCAGAUGGAAAGUCCUCAUGCUGUAUUGUCAAUGUAGAAAAUCCACAAAGUAUUUUUGGUAUUGUUUACUUUUUCAAUGUGUGAAGAAAAUGAUCUUUCUGUCUCAUGUGAACAUUGUCCUGAUAUUUCCUUUUUUUUAUAUAUAAAUUUUGUAAGUUUUCUGCA